CAGAGAUCACCGCGCCGCGUACAUCGCCAUCUGGCGAGCAGGCCAGUAGUUAGUAGUAGUCUUACAAAAUGGCGCUGAAGGGACAAGUCGGUCAAAAGAUUAUGAAUGAGGUAAUCAAGCAAAAAAAGAAGACAACAGGUGGUGUAGAAUGGCGGAUCUUGGUGGUGGAUCAGCUCGCCAUGAGAAUGGUGUCUGCAUGUUGCAAAAUGCACGACAUCAGCGCUCAGGGUAUCACUCUGGUAGAAGAUAUUAAUAAGAAGCGCGAACCUCUGCCGACGAUGGAGGCCAUUUACCUCAUCACGCCCUGUAAUCCGUCGGUGCAAAAAUUAAUCGAUGACUUCAGUAAUCCUACGAGGACCACUUAUAAAGUCGCUCACGUGUACUUCACAGAAGUAUGCCCGGAGGAGCUGUUCAAUGAAAUCUGCAAGUCUCUCGCCGCUAAAAAGAUCAAAACCCUCAAAGAGAUCAACAUCGCAUUUCUGCCGUACGAAUCGCAGGUCUUCUCCUUGGAUUCACGUGAAACUUUUGCCUGCUUUUACAAUCCCUCUUUCUCCAACUUGAGACCGGCUAACAUGGAGCGUAUUGCCGAACAAAUCGCAACACUUUGCGCCACUCUUGGAGAAUAUCCUUCAGUCAGAUAUCGCAGUGAUUUCGACCGCAACGUUGAACUCGCCCAAUUGGUACAACAAAAGCUAGACGCAUACAAGGCUGAUGAACCGACAAUGGGAGAAGGGCCUGAGAAAGCACGUUCUCAAUUGUUAAUCUUGGACAGAGGAUUUGAUUGUGUUUCACCUCUGUUACAUGAACUUACGCUGCAAGCCAUGGCAUACGACUUGCUGGACAUUGAUAACGAUGUGUACAGAUUUGAGGCAACAGCAGGUCAGGAGAAAGAAGUAUUGUUGGAUGAGAAUGAUGACUUGUGGGUGGAACUCAGGCAUCAACAUAUUGCUGUAGUGUCUCAGAACGUGACUAAAAAUUUGAAAAAGUUUACAGAAUCAAAAAGAAUGCCACAGGGUGAUAAGCAGAGCAUGCGAGACUUGUCGCAGAUGAUCAAAAAGAUGCCGCAAUAUCAAAAAGAACUAAGUAAAUAUGCUACACACUUGCAAUUAGCUGAAGAUUGCAUGAAACGUUACCAAGGAAACGUAGAUAAACUUUGUAAAGUGGAGCAAGACUUGGCUAUGGGUACCGAUGCGGAAGGCGAACGUAUCAAAGAUCAUAUGAGGAACAUCACUCCGAUUUUGCUUGAUCAGACGGUGAAUCAUUUGGACAAAUUACGCAUCAUAGCUUUAUAUGUCAUUAGCAAAAAUGGCAUCACCGACGAAAAUCUUAACCGUUUGGUUCAUCAUGCCCAAGUGUCCGUCGAUGACAAACAGACCAUCGUUAAUAUAGCAAAUCUUGGCAUCAAUGUUGUUGUAGAUAGCAAUCGUAAAAAACUAUACACGGUACCACGUAAGGAGAGAAUCACAGAGCAAACAUACCAAAUGAGCCGUUGGACUCCAAUAAUUAAGGAUGUUAUGGAAGAUUCCAUUGAGGAUAAACUCGAUUCUAAACAUUUCCCAUUUCUUGCUGGACGUGCAGCCAGCUCGGGAUAUCACGCACCAACCAGUGCGCGAUAUGGACAUUGGCACAAAGACAAAGGCCAGCAGACCAUCAAAAACGUUCCUCGCUUGAUCGUUUUUAUUGUUGGUGGAGUAUGCUUCUCUGAAAUUCGAUGCGCAUAUGAAGUCACGAAUGCAUUAAAAAAUUGGGAAGUCAUAAUUGGUUCAUCCCAUAUAAUUACACCGAAGUCAUUCAUGAACGACUUGAGUAAAAUACAUGUUUAAAUUAUCAGAUAGCUGAAAGAAGAAGUGACAUUCCACGCCCUUGAUUGCCAUUAACUUCGACUCCAUCAGUAAUACCAGCUAUGAAACCAAUGAUCUCGAAUACGAAAUUAUAGUAUUUAACUAAAUAAUGAAUACAGAGUCAAUUCUUUAAGCGAGAGCGCCUUGUUCGAGGCAGAAAUGAGUAUUCAAUAAUAUAGUCAGUCGAGUAACAAUGAAAGUAUUCGUGUAUUAGUCGAGCACGAAAAGUCUUGAUCGGUUGAAUUAUCUUGAAUCAAGUGCCUGCGCGAAUACAUUAUCAUCGGAGAUCGUAUGAGACACGUUGGCAAUACUGAUGUAGAUCGCACGAAGGUGUAUAAUGGUAUUAGGCUCACGAUCGAGCCUUUAGCAAAAAAUUAGAGAUAUAUUCACGUGCGUUAUAUCACUCUUUGUCGGUAAUAAGAGAGGAAAUUUGCGAAGAUCUAUGUGUGUUGUAGAAGAUCGUGUUAUUCCUGUACAUUUCUCGUAUUAGUAUUUCGUUAUCUUGUGCUCGUUGAAGCUUAUUGAUCGCAUAUGCAAGUUGACGUUGACGAUGUAGAUUGUCUUUAUUUAGCUCUUUUUACUUCUGUAGAAAUUAAUUCUAUUAGGCGUUCCAUCUAAAUAUCGUAUUACAAUUCACACUUUAUUCGCUUCGACACUAAUUCAAAGAAGAUAACAAGUGAUACAAUGUUAUUUAUUCGAUAUUAUUUUUCAACUGCUAGUUGAACUACUAGUUAGUAGCAUUAAAUGUAAAAUAAAACUGUUAGUUGUACGAA